AACCCUUCUUUCUCUCUCCUUUAUUUCUUACCCACUUUAUAUCUCCAACAAAGAAACAACCCAUAUCAAACCCCAUUUUUCUCUCUCUUCAUUUUUGCAUAAACAUGGAACACAAAAAACCUCAAACUCAACCUCAAACACAUCAACAACAACAACAACAACAACAACAACAACAACAAAAACCACCAAAACAACUACAAAACAUUUCACCAACCUCAAAAACCAACAACAACAACACCAACAACAACAACAACAACAACAAAAACAAUCUUACGAGCAACAAGAAACAAAUAUGGGAUUGUGGUAGCACUCUUUACGACUCGUUCGAACUCAACUCAUUCCAAAAACAACUCGACUCAGCCAUCAUAACCUCUUCUAGAACCUUCUCCAUGCCACGUAAUCUUCCUUCCGAUGACUAUCAUGCGCCACCUCACUCGAAGAAGCCUGAAUCUUCCAAGCUCUCCAGAACAUUCCAGAAGCUUCUACGGUCUGUUUUUAAGGCCCAUAAGCCCAAUCAUCAGCCCAAGCCCAACUACGAUAAUAAUAUUAGUACCAGCCCUGAUCCAUGGUUUAUGGAUCCACUUGAUGAUCAUAAUAUCCAAGAAAAAGAUGAUAAAGUGGUUGAUAAUGGUAGGUACUUUGUUGUCUAUGAAAAGCCCAAUGGGCUUUCUACUAUUCCUGAAGUUCCAGAAGUUGGAUUUUCUCCUGAUAUUAGGUCGUCCUUGGUUAGGAAAACGAUGUCGGAUCGUUUCUCGGUUGCUUCUAAUGGUAUUUUCUGUGUUUGAUUAUUACCCUAAAUAAUAUAGGUUAUUUUUUUGUCAUAUGGAUAAUUAUUGCUAGUGUUAAUUCUUCUAAAUAAAUGUUUACUAGUAUGAUCUUAGACUAAUUCCCAGAAAAUGACUUUUGGUGGAUAUGAUCAAUGUAUUUAUAUUAAUUUUGUGAUAUAUUAUGUAGUUAUAAACUUAUAAUAAAUAUAUUGUUGUGCAUCAUUUUAUCA